AUGGCGCCUCCUCCGCCGCAACAUCACUUUCGAGAUCCUCCACCCUUCGCGGGUCAAGCUCGCAAAUGGGUUCUCGAUAUUCUCCUCAAACGCCUCGAAUCCGAUGCUCAAAGCGCCGCCGUUGGUGUUCGCGUAAUAGAUCACUUCCAGUACGCCGUGUUUUGCCUCUUCGUCUUGAUGUGCUUCAGUGACAAGCUCGAGGAGUCGAAGAUCAAAGAAAUCGACGAGAUCCCACCAGCCCAGAUGGCAUCACGGUACGGAAACAUCUCAUAUAGGGUUUGGCAGGAGCGAUUGGUGGAAAACAGUGAGACCCUAAUGCUCCGAUUCCUCCCCGAUGAACUCCGAUCAUCUACAGUUGAGAUCAUCCCUUACUUCACCGAUAGUUUUGGGAAUUCCAGCCGUAUCGACUAUGGUACUGGCCACGAGACCAAUUUUGCAGCGUGGUUGUAUUGCUUAGCGAGGUUAGAAGUGAUCAGGGAGGAGGAUUAUCAAGCAGCAGUGGUCAGAAUCUUCGUCAAGUAUAUGGCUCUGAUGAGGAAAUUGUAG